AUGAUCUUGGUUAUCAAGAAACUCGAAGCCAGCUCCGGAAUUCAAGCUCAGAACAGUUGCAGGUGCUGGCAAAGGAGAGCUGCUGAAGAGAGCAGUGACAGUGGUGGUGUCGCCAUUAGAGGCAGAGCCCAUGGUGAGGCUUGUCGGUAUUGUCGGUUCCUGGUUCAAAGGUCCGUUGAGAAAAUCUUGGAAGAUGGAGUUAGGGUUUUGGUUCUGGUGGUCGUGGCUCCUGAACCUUGGCUCAUGGUUUUGCUGUGGAUGUUGGCUGCGGCGGUUGAGUUGGUGGAUGGAAGAGAGGUUGAUGUCUUUCCAAACUUCUUCCAUGGUGACUAG